UGUGUGUGUGUGUGUGUGUGUGUGUGUGUGUGUGUGUGUGUGUGUGUGUAAUAUCGGGAGGACCUGAACUUACAGAACAGUGUAUAUUUUAAGAUUUUGGAAAUCUGAGCGUUCCACUUGACUCUCUAAACCUAUGACGAUGAUGAUGACACAGGGCACGUGACACAGGGCACAUUUUGUAACUGGUUUUUCUUUUUUAAGCAAGACAAGAUAGUGGUAUAAAACGCGGUAACGGAGGGAUGUAGACUGUGCAGUGUUGUGUGAAAGGCAUUGGGUGGACUGUGCUUGUUUUUAGAGGUGUCACUUUAUAAAAAGCUGGAUGUGGAUAUUAAUUUAACGUCAACUGGUCGUGUAGAGUAUCCAAGUGAGUUUCUGCAAACGACUUGAGAACCAUGAAGCUACCGGCCCAGGUGAAGCUAAUUCUGUGGAAGAAUUUUGUCCACUACAAGCGGCGAAAAUGGAUGACUCUUGUGGAGAUUUUGCUCCCGUCUCUCUUUGCCAUGAUGUUUGUUGUCGUCAGAGAACUCGUCGAUAAAACAGAGAUAGAUUAUGACACGUUCUACAAGCCCAAUAACACCGUUCUAGAGUACAACCACAUGGAGCGUGCGAGGCUUUGAGACAGAUCAGCAACUUCUCGACUUUUAUCGCCUCAACAUUGCACACAUGCCCAUGUGUUUCAAAUUCCACGACGUGGGACCGACCUCCACCCGCCUGGGCAAGACAGCCAGCUACGCUAUCCGCCCCACCACGAUGCGAGAAGAUAAAUGGCAGACUGACGAAACGUACCCACUGCUGCGCAGACUCAGGCCCGAAGUAAACGAUUUAACUGAAGACGACAGACCGCACUACAGAGACAGGGCUGUUCUUUUCUUCAUCCGUCUCGUGGACGAGGCAAUCAUAUCGCACUGGGGAGGAAAGCCUUAUGAAGACUGGACGAUCUCCACACACCGCAUGCCUUAUCCCCCCUAUGUGGACGACGAAAUGACCGUUGUGAUUCAGCAACAACUCGCUUUAUACCUCGUGAUGUCGUUCAUCUUGACUGUUGUUCAAUUUACAAAAUCCAUCGUAUAUGAAAAAGAAAAGAGACUCAAGGAAUCAAUGAAGCUGAUGGGACUUAAAUCCAGUUCAUUAUGGAUAUCAUGGUUCUUGACAAGCAUGCUCUUUCAAAUUAUGGCAAUCUUAAUCUACUCCGCGAUUAUGAAGACUGUCACAAUUAACCCUAUAUUUUUUCUCCAGACCGUCACAAUUAACCCUAAUUACAUCACAAUAUACCGUCACAAUUAG